CUAAGCUUCAAAUAAAAAUAUUUUGGAGUGGCCCAAGUUAUUAUAAAUUAUUUGAAGUAGAAAACAAAGGGGAUAAGGAAGGCAUAAAGAAUGGCAGGGAUGAAGGAGGGAAAGAAAUAGAGAGAAUGAGGUGGGAAAGAAGGGAAGAAGGGAGAACAUGAAAAAGGAGAGAGAAAAAAAGAAAGAAAAGACAGAGGGAAAGAGAAGGACAGAAUAAAGGAAGAGAAGGAGAAAAAGUUAGCUGGACAAGAAAUUCUUUAACCUCCUGUAUUCCUGAGUAUUUCUUCCUCGGUAACUGGGAAGGGGUGUGAGGGCCGGUCAUCAAAAUGGCAUUACUAAGCCCUUCAAGAUCUCUUGAGAAAAUACCCACUGGAACGGAAGAAUAUUCAAUUCUUUGCUAUUCUUCCACUUAUUGUUUGAAAAGCCACCGUAGGCUAUUCUCUUGCUCGCUUUCUUUUCCUCUGUAGCUUGGAUGCCAUGACAACCGCCAUGUGAUCUGCUGCAAACACAGCCGUCUCCAGGGCUUUGAAGGGAGUGGGGAUGGUUACAUCGUUUGAGAUGCAGCGAGUCUCCCAACUGACGGUUCCCUGCGGCAGUAAGUACCUGCGGCACAAAUGGGAGCAAGACUAUCAAGACCACAGGAAAAAGGUCCAGAAUGCCAAGCCCCUGGUGGACAACCAGGCCCCACUGACUUUCAGCCACCUUUAUCUGAAACUCAAGAAGCUGAAGCUGGAGGAGGAGCGGCUGUCUGUCAUCGACAGGGACAACCGCCUGCUCCUGGAGAAGAUGUCCUACAUCAUGCGGACCAAGGGCCUGACUGACAACAGAAAUGACUACCAGCACAGGAGGUAA